ACGGACGCAGAUUCUAUGCGAGCGAAGCAUAAAUCUAGCUUUAGUCGUAGCUUUUGGACAGGCUGGAAUGCCCCUUGGCGAUUACGGUCUUAGCAGGACAUCAGCUGUGUGAGAGUGUGUGGUGAGUCUCGGGCGAAAAAGUUUUAUCCGAACGUUCACGAGUGCGCGCGUGUUUUGGGUAGCCUAUUCCUAACGUGUGAAGAAUCAACACGAUUAGCGAUUUAUAGUUUUAAUACAAGUUGCGGACGAGUCGCAGACGACCUAGCCUGAGGAGCGGUGGACCUACUAUCACCACCACCACCACUAACUACUACGGCGUCUUUCAUUAGCCUGUCACUGACUGAAGCCAUAUCAACUGGUCGCGAGUGAGUGGCCGCGUGCUGUUGCUGAACCUGCCCAGACACUCGAACUUGCCUUAAAAACUUUGUAACAGAAAUCCUUUGCGCGUUUUUAAGCCGGGAGCCAUGUUUAAGAGAAUUGAAUAUCCGUUUAAGUAACCACUCCAGCCGUCCGUUUCAGAAAGAUGUGACCGUCAGCGCGCGCCUUCGGAAACUAUUUCCAGGAGUUUCAGUGUCGAUUACUGCUAUACAACUCAUCAACCAGAAUGGAUUUUGUAUGGAUUGUCUUCCUCUUAUUUCACGCCGUAUUGAAGUCGGAGUGUGCACGAGGUCCGCCGCGGGUGGCAGAGAAGGUGGUCCACCGGCAGACGGUGCGCGUGGGUCGCACCAUGAAGCUGCUGUGCCCCGUGGAGGGCGACCCGCCGCCCCUCAUCAUGUGGACUAAAGACGGCCGCAACAUCCACAGCGGCUGGAUGCGGUUCCGCGUCCUGCAGCACGCCCUCAAGAUCAAGGAGGUGGAGGCGGAGGACGCCGGGACCUUCAUCUGCAAAGCCACCAACGGGUUCGGCAGCAUCAGCAUCAACUACACGCUCAUCGUCAUCGAAGACGCCAACACAGAGAAGGAAACCGCAAGUCCUGUAGGAGGCCUAGACUACACCAGUCAGCUAUCAGGGAAGCAAGUGCGACCCCGCUUCACGCAGCCCACCAAGAUGCGCAAGCGCGUCAUCGCCCGGCCCGUGGGGAGUUCGGUGCGGCUGAAGUGCGCUGCCAACGGCAACCCGCGGCCCGUCAUCAUGUGGCUGAAGGACAGCAAGCCCUUGACCUCCGAGGAGGUGGGUGAAGGUCGCAGGAAGAAGUGGACGCUGAGCCUGAAGAACCUGACCCCCGAGGACAGCGGGAAGUACACCUGCCACGUGUCAAACGGAGCCGGAGAGAUCAACGCCACGUACAAAGUGGAAGUCAUCCAAAGGACGAAUUCCAAGCCCAUACUGACGGGAACCCACCCAGUCAACACCACAGUGUCCUAUGGAGGGAGCACGUCCUUCCAGUGCAAGGUGCGCAGCGACGUGAAGCCCGUGAUCCAGUGGCUGAAGAGGGUGGAGCCGGGCGACGAGAGCAAGUACAACUCCACCAUCGAGGUGGGCGACCACCAUUUUGUGGUGCUGCCCACGGGAGAGGUGUGGUCCAGGCCCGACGGCUCCUACCUCAACAAGCUGCUGAUCACCAGGGCCAAGGAGGAGGACGCCGGCAUGUACAUCUGCCUGGGGGCCAACACCAUGGGCUACAGCUUCCGCAGCGCCUACCUCACAGUGCUGCCGGACCCGAGCCCGCAUCACUACAGCAUCCCCACGGCCAUGUCUCCCAGCCUGCCCUGGCCCGUCAUCAUCGGCAUCCCCGCCGGCGUCGUCUUCAUCCUGGGCACCGUCCUCCUCUGGCUCUGCCAAUCAAAGAAGCAGUGCUCCUCCUCCUCCCCGGCCAAUGGCGGAAGCCCGUUCGGCGGCCCCAACCAGCCCGGUCCUGCCUCUGGCUCCUCCCCCUCCUCCUCCGCCGCCCAGAACCAUCACAACCACAACAACUGCAGCAGCGGCGGCAGCGGUGGCCAGCCUCCUCACGAGUGGGGCACGCCCUGCGCACUUCCGCCCGGUGACAAGGAGAUGAUUGGCUCCAACGGCGUCGGAGGCGGGACAAAUUACGAGGAUUACCUGGCGAGCCAACAGCAACAAUUGCUACUACCUCCCCAGGGUGGCGGAGGGGUAGGGGUAGGGGCGCCCAAAUUCUGCCCGAAGAUCUACACGGACGUCCACACGCACACACACUCGCACGUGGAGGGGAAAGUGCACCAGCAUCAGCACAUAUACUACCAAUGUUAAUGGCGCUGGAAAGAUGACUGGAAUUGUAGUACUCCUUCUGCACCAGAACAUACUGUACGUAUAUUACCAAUGAUGAUGAUGAGAGUGGCACAGAGGAUGACUCUGUUACGCCGCCAUACUCCUCAAAAUGCAUCAACACACAUAUUCCCAAUGCUAAGGAAUCUGCGCAGAGGACUACUAUGCACACAGGUACUCCUCUAGGUGCAUCAACAACACCAACAACACACAGUACGAUAUUAGCAAAUGCUCAAAAGACGCUCAAAAGAUGACUGUUGGCACUCCAUCCAUCCGAACCAAAAUUUACAGUAGUAGACAGUACAUUUUUUCAGUGUUAGUUCAACUUUCGAGGGUUUCCUUCCUCAAGUUUUGAAUCCAACACUGUAUAGUACAGACCUGCAAACUCGUCAAAGAAAAAAAGGUGACAGUGUACAGCGGGGGUUCUAUUUCUAUUCACGUGAAUGACCUAAUUGGCCGGGAAAAAGGUGACUGUCACCAAAAGGUGACGAGUUUGCAGGUAUGAUAGUAUUUCCUGUGUUGUUCAAGAUGGUCAGAGGUACUCAUGGAUGUGUCAACAGCAGGGGCGUUGCAGCAAAUUGUGGCCCCUAUGUACAAUCAGCUCCAAUGGACCUCCCCUAGCUAUAUACUGUAACUACAUGAAUCAGACACUGUGUGGGCCCCCUACAGUAUAUUCUGUACAUGGGGCUCUGAUAACUCUGGUCACACUUUACCCCCCUGUACGACACCCCUGGUCAACAGUCCUGGUGUUUUAAGCACCAAUGGAUACAUACCGGUACAUUAUGGAUUUCAAAGGCGCUAAGAAGCUGUUUAGAGGUACUCAUCAGUGUGUCAACACAGUCAGCAUGCAUGGGCCACACUGACAGACUGAGAAGGGUACUAGCAUUUUAUUUUAUUUUAUUUUUUGUGAAGAUUUGUUUUUGCCAAAUGAUAGCUUUGCUCUCGCCUUGAUCGAAAAAUCAUCAAUGACUUGUGUGAGCGAGCGCUCCAACAACCAGCCGAGAGUUUACAACCUACAACCAGUCUGCAGCAUUAUUCUCCUCAGAGGCACAUGAAAAGUCGCAUGGCACCAUACCAUAGGUGCCAAUGAAGUCAAAGAAGUCAAUGGAUCUGAAUGGAAAAAAAAGACAGUCAUUCAAAACAGUACGAUAAUAACUGGAGAUCAAUAAGCGAAUCGCCAAAUUCUUAAUAACAAGGCACAUGGAUACUCAACAACAGACUCAAAAGACUUUUGGUUUUGGUGAUCUGAUCUCACUUAACAGGUUUGCUGCUGUGCGCUUUAUCGUUUCGUUUUCAUAAGAAAUGUACAAAAUUCCAGUACGAAACAAGUUGCUGGUCAGGAAUGUUAUGGUAGAUAAGCCUAAUCCUCAAGAGACAUUUAUGAUGGAAAAACUAAAAAAAAAUCACAGAAGCCAAAUAAUGACUAGUGAUGCCAUACAUCACAGUUUUAACACCACACAAGGAAUGGUGGCAGCUUUCAAGUAUGUAUUCCUGAGCAAAACGAUGCACAUACAGUACUGUUGGUUUGUUGAUGUGUGUGAAAUAUGGUCACACACACAAGAAAAAAAAAUGUAGGGCAGUUGGGCCUACAUCAGGCAACUCUUUAAAUUUAAAACCCAUUGUAAGUCAUUGUAUCUAAAAAUGCUGUUUUUAGAUGCAACUAUCCAGUUUAAAACGAAGGAUUUUUUUUUUCAAUUCAUUUUUUCCUACUUUUUGUUUCCAUGCAUGAGUUGUCUGAAGUAGGCCAAAUGGCCACCAAGUUUUGAUGAAUGGACUUUGUCUUUUGACAUCCAAAGCAUCAGCAUAUUGGAGUUAACUUAGCCUAUUCAACAAAGAACAGCUCUCAGCAUCUCUCCCUCAAGCAAAAAAAAAACAUUCUCGGUAGUUGAUCUUGAUCUUAAUCUGAAUGGUGGAUUUUAGUCAAAGUUGUUCACACGUCAAGAGGCAUUGUAUUCAUGACAUCAUCAUUGCAACAUUGCAAAAAGUUUAAAUUUAGCACUCGUUGAUGAGGAAAAGGUAGAUAUUCUGUACAUAAGUACGACUGCAGUAACUAUUGGACCAGAUGCUAGCAUUAGUAGCAAUAUUUGACCAAAAUUUGUAUGUGCUAUUUGUUGACAUUACCGUACGUGUAAUUGACAUUGCUUAGUUAUGAACGCUUCAGUAAUGUCUGUCUUUAAUGAGAGAAGGCCUCCCUUCACACACCGUAAAACAUUUCAGGCUGGAAAUUGUUAAUGCACAUUCUCAACAUAUCAAACACUUGAGGUGUAUCUUUGGUUUCAUUCGUCUUUCAGUUGACACAAAGGGAUAGCUUUGUUAGUUUUGUGGAGUUAACGUUUGUUUAGGUGGAUAUUAAUUUGCACGUUUACCCAUUUUUAUCCAUUUCAUACUGAUUCUUCAGCUUCAAUUUCACAACCUCGUCUUACUAUGUCAUGUAGUAGUGCAUCUCUGGAAUGUUCAUACUUUUGUUAUGCAAAAAAAAGAUAACACCAGUAGCCAUUAUUUGCAUGUGAAGUCCCCCCCCCCCCCUCUAUCACCUGAAUUCAUUUACACAAGCAUGUCUUCCCCCUCCCCCUCCCCAACACUUAAUAUGCGGUUGUGUGAUAAAUGUCUGGUUACACUUUGCUUGUUGCCGGCGUCAUACGUAUGACAUAACAGUGUCAUAAUAGUGUC